CCACAAGGUUGAAACAUCAAUUCAUAUUUCAAUUAUCCUCCACUUUCUUUUCUUACUCUCGUUCAUUUAGACCAUCAACGUCCAUGCAAUUCCCAUCCUUAUUACAUUAAAGACAUCCCACUUAGCAUUCUUUUAAGCCAAAAGAAACAGACUGAAUGGUUAAUCUCACAAACUUUUAAGCAUCUUUCUUGAUCAGUUUGUUCUCUUACAUUUUGACAUAUCUGUUGUUUUUGAAGUGGGGUAUUUUGCAUGUGCCUUAUUGUCUGCAGCUGACAUCCAAAGCGCUUUCCAAAUAUAUAAUAUUAAGCUUAGGGUUUGUUUCUUCAUUUUAUCAUAGAGAAAGCAAGAUGAAGUUUCUGCAGAAACUGGGUUUCUUCUGCAUUCGUUCAAGUCUUCUUCUUUUUCUUGUUUCGCCGCUCGUCAGCUCCUCUCAAGAACACAUGAAGGGUGGAGGCAGUCACAAAGACAACAUUCAUAAGAUGAGUCACAAAUUAUCGUUUGAAAUCAGACUCCACGGGUUUCUUCUUUGGGCUUCGAUGGGGUUCUUGAUGCCUGUAGGAAUACUUGCUAUCAGAAUGUCACAGAGAGAGGAAUGUGGAAGAAGGCUCAGAAUUCUUUUCUAUGUUCAUGGUUUUUCAGAGAUGCUCUCUAUCCUUCUUGCAACAGCAGCAGCAGUGAUGUCCUUCAGAAACUUCAACAACUCCUUCAACAAUAAACACCAAAGAGUUGGCUUAGGCCUAUAUGGCCUCAUAUGGUUGCAAGCCCUAAUAGGGUUUAUAAGGCCACAAAGGGGAUCCAAGGGAAGAAGCGUAUGGUUUUCUGUGCAUUGGAUUCUUGGAACUGCAGUGUCACUGCUUGGGAUCCUCAACAUAUACACAGGACUACAAGCCUACCAUGAGAGGACCUCAAAAGGCAUAAAGCUUUGGACCAUAAUUUUCACUGCUCAAGUCUCUUUCAUGACCUUCUUCUACCUAUUCCAAGACAAAUGGUGGUACAUCCAAAAGCAAGGAGUGCUUCUGGGCCAUGAACCAGUAAGGCCCACUGCAGAUCAAGUCCUUUUGCCAAUAGAAAAGCAAAAGCGAGCAGUCACUGAUUCUUGCUGAGAAGUGUUCCCUCCUAUUCUUAAUAUGUCUUCAACUUUUUCACAGAAAAUGAUUUCCACAUUCCCUUUCUCUCCCCUAUUCUUCUCCCGUUGGAUUGAAUAGAUCGAAAGGAGAAUCAAGGGACAAGCAAAGGGAGGAGUGUAGAAGGAGAAAAUGGGAUUUGCGGGAAUCAUUUUCCCUUCGUCUCUAGGAAUAGUUGGUGUUUAUAGCAGGUGAAACACUGGGUGUUGGGAUGAGGAAUUCUUCCAAUAAGAUGAACUAAUGGUGUUUUUGCUAGUAUAUUUUGAAAUUAUUUGGUAACAGACACCAUUAACUGAAGUUUGUAAGUAGGAUUCUGUAUAAGAUUUGGAGAUUCUGUGAUUAUAAACAGAUUGUAGAUUUUUACCAAGUCAUUAAGGGAAUGCGAUUCCAAGAAGUCGGUGUAUGUACCCCCCUUUAAACAAAAAAUGAAGCAUUUGAAGCACUGCAUCUCCAAAUUUUAUAGUUAACUGAAUUUCUCUAUACUAGUUCAGUAGUAUAUAUGUCAUGGGAAAAGCUGUACAUAACCUGUCAAUAUGGCGAUUCCUAAUAUUACAAGAGGUGGAACAAGCACAAAUGCUCCAAUGGUGGCAAAGAAAACUGAAUCAUUCCUCUUCGAUAC